AUGAACAGUUUAAUAUCAAGAGUCAAGUUACUCAACGUAGCUUGCAACAAUGCAAAUAUCAUAGCCUCUGGUAGAAUGGGCAAAGGGUUUGCAGGUACUACAUAUAUUCCUAAACCAGCUUUUGGUCAAAAGCCACCCGAACCACCCUUCCUCAAGGACCCAACCAACGGUUGGAACUAUAGAACACACAGAGUAGGAGCAAUUGGCAAGAAGUUGGGUAUGACCACCGUCUAUGUCGACCAUGUUGCUAUCCCUGUCACAGUUAUAGAGUUACCUGAUAAUCAAGUAGUACAAGUAAAGAGAAAAGUAAAUGAUGGUAGUAACGCAGUACAGGUUGGAGCAGGAGAGAUUAAAUUGAAAAAUAUUGGAGGUACGUUGAAAGGCCACUUUGCAAAGGCCGACGUCCCACCCAAACGUGUAGUGAUGGAGUUUAAGGUGACCAAGGGUGGAUUCAUGGAUGUUGGCACAUCGAUCGAUGCACGUCACUUUGUACCGGGACAACUUGUCAAGGUACAGGGCACUAGCACCGGUAAGGGAUUUGCUGGUGGCAUGAAGAGAUGGAAUUUCAGUGGUUUGUUGGCCACUCAUGGUGUCUCCAAGACUCAUCGUUCAAUUGGUUCAACCGGUUGUCGUCAGACCCCCGGUCGUGUGUUCAAGGGCAAGAAGAUGCCCGGUCGUCUCGGUGGCCAAAGCAGCACCGUCAACAACCUCCAAGUGGUCAAGAUCAACUCGGAGCUCAACGUCAUCAUGGUCAAGGGUGCCGUGCCGGGCAAGAACGGCGGCUACCUCCGUGUCACCGACUCACGUUCCAACGUCUGGAAGCAAUCACCACCCUUCCCAACCUACAUUGCACAACCAGGUGAACUCGACGUCGAACUCACCAUCGAGAAACCAAACAUCAAGCACCCACAAGUUGUACAGACCGCUCUCCCAGUAUCCCUCGAUCCCCUUUUACUCAAAAUCAACCGCGAAUCAAAUGAAGUCGUUUUCCCACAACUCUAA